UAUCCUUUGCAGAGGCAACAGCAACACCAACUUCAGAUACAGAGACAGAACCAAAUCCAGCUACAGACGGCAGCUGCUCUCGGACUAUUGCCCACCUCUCUUGGUUCCCUCCUCGCAAAACAUGCCGGAUACAAGAUACCUACCUACCCUGACAUCAGCGGAACUAACAGCACAUGCUCUGUUACUGCCGGUUGUGGCAGUUCAUCUGCCAGCAGUCGCGACGCCUCAUUGACGCGGCUGGCGAAUAGCGACUUUUCCGCAACAGCAGGACCUAAUAUCCUCUCACUAUUGGCCUCCGGUGGCCUUAUUGGCUUAUCUUCUCCAUCUGCAUUUAGCAUGCAGCUUCCCGGCAGUCCGGCAUCCUCGGUACUAGGCUCGUCUAUGCUCAACUCCGUGAAUGGACUUCCCUUUCUUCCAGUUGGUCCUACUGGUCUGGCAAGUGGCCAGGCCACUCACCCUCCACACCCCCCUCAUGUCGCUGCGUUGACUGGCGCCUCUUUCAUUAUCCCCGCAACCUCGAGUACCCCCGAUACCUCGGCGUCGACACUUGCCUCCGUCUUCGCAGCCCACUCCAACAUGAGGGCUGACAAUGCUACCAAUGUUUCUCCAGCAACAGCUCAUGGGAAAUCUGCUGCAUUCAGUCUGGCAACAGAUCCGACGGCUGAAGGGCUCCAAUUGGCUCCUCUAUCCUCUCCUCUCGCGGCUGCCUCUGCCUCUCGCAACAUUUGCCUCCCUAUUACUUCGUCAACUCCCUCGUCUUCUUCCACCCUGAUUUCCUUCUCAUCCCUUCCAAUGUCAUCUUCAUUCGAGGCUGCCAAAGGCAUGCUCGGAGCAAGCAUACUUGACUACGCUCACCAGCAGGGUCAUACGAACGUAUCCCAGGCUUCAGGACACAUUGGUAUGGCGGCGCCGAUGCCCACUUCACCGUCAUUUUCAUCCUUUCCGCCAUCCUCCUUUUCUUCUUCCUCACCUCCUUCUUCCUCUUCCUCAUCUGCAUCAUCUUCCCCCGCCUCCUCGUCUCUGUCAAACGCUGCCACAGCCUCCGGUCUUUCGUCUGGCGAUCCCGUCGCCAGGGCAACCGCCGCUGCGGCAGCUGCCGCUGCGGCCGCAGUUGCAGCAGCCUCCAUGAACGCACCACCAAACACCCUCUUGUCGGCAGGUAUUGGUCUGCCCUCUGGUCCCUGUUACCUGGACAACCCAGCCUGGUGGCAAUCCGGCACCACAGCCCUGAUGCCAGCCAGUCUGUCAACUGGGACAGAGACCUUUGGGUUGUCUCUUCCCGGAGCGCCAAACAGCCUUGGAGGCCUGGGGAUGUAUCGGACCAACCUUUCUAGUCUAUCACAACGAUUUUCACCAUAUUGA